AUGGCACGGUUGGAGUCGAUUAGGCAUUUUGAAGGCAUAAAAGUCGAUCGCCAACUCAUCACCGCAUUGGUGGAGAGAUGGAGAAAGGAGACACAUUGUUUCAAAUUUCGCGAAGGAGAGUGCACCAUCACGCUAAAGGAUGUCGCCAUCCUAACUCAUCUGCCCAUCGACGGAAAAGCGGUGUGUGUGAGUGAUCAUCCCCCGAGGAUCGUGACGGUAUCACCGGUUGGCAGCAUUUCAUCCACAGUGUUUUGUGGGCGAAAGUACCAAUCAAGGGGAGCGUUGAUGCGACGGAUCGCUUGCCACCAUUGA